AUGGCACUUUUACAUCAGAUACUGGUUAUGAUGGUCAUUCCAGCGUUUGUCAAUGGUUUAAGAUGUUCUGUUUGUGAUAGUGUGACAUUUGCUGAAUGUGAAACUGCUCCACCUGAUGGUAAAGAAUGCUGGGAUCCUGGUAGUGGUGUACCUAAAACAUGUAUUAUUAUUAGAGAACUGGACCAGAAUGGUAAAUUAGUAGUAUUUAGAAGAGACUGUUCUACAACUAAAGCAAAUAAAUGCCAUGAUGUGCCUGAAACUGGUCACAAAGCAUGCUCAGAAGUAUGUUUUACAGAUAAUUGUAACGCCUCCAACAAAGCUGCUUCCUCUAUACACAUUAUUUUUAUAUCUUUUAUAAUAGGUAUUACAUGUAUAUUUGUUAGUUUAGUUUAG